UAUAGGGCGGCUCCGGCGUGACCAGAGCACUCUUCUGCAGCAGGACAGUGUGAGAUACAGAAACUACAGACUACUGACAUCAUGACAGUUAAAAUUGGAAUCAACGGAUUUGGCCGCAUCGGGCGCCUGGUAUGCCGUGCUGCUAUUGCUUCUGGCAAGGUCGAGGUCGUUCACAUCAAUGACCCCUUCAUUGACCCAAAAUACAUGGCUUACAUGUUCAUGUAUGACUCCACCCACGGACGCUUCAAGGGAACCGCAACCGCCGAAGGUGGAAAGUUGGUCAUCAAUGGAAAAGGCAUCACCGUCUCUCAGGAACGGGACCCCACUGCAAUCAAAUGGGGAGAGUCUGGUGCUGACUACGUGGUGGAAUCUACCGGUGUGUUCACUACCAUUGACAAGGCUUCUGCUCACUUGAAGGGAGGUGCCAAGCGUGUUAUCAUCUCCGCUCCUUCCGCUGAUGCCCCCAUGCAUGUUGUUGGUGUCAACCAUGAAACCUACGACAAGGCAAACAAAGUUAUCAGCAAUGCCUCCUGCACCACCAACUGCCUGGCUCCUCUUGCAAAGGUCAUCCAUGACAAGUUUGGCAUUGUGGAGGGUUUGAUGACCACCGUCCAUGCUUACACCGCUACACAGAAGUGCGUAGACGGACCAUCUGGCAAACUGUGGCGUGAUGGCAGAGGUGCCGGACAGAACAUCAUCCCAGCAUCCACCGGUGCUGCCAAGGCUGUCGGCAAAGUCAUCCCUGCUCUGAACGGAAAAAUCACCGGCAUGGCCUUCAGAGUCCCCACCCCCAACGUGUCUGUGGUUGACCUGACCGUCCGCCUGGAGAAGCCUGCCAAAUAUGAAGACAUCAAAGCUGCAGUGAAGGCCGCAUCCGAGGGACCACUGAAGGGAAUCCUGGGAUACACAGAGGAGGAGGUCGUCUCCAGUGACUUCAACGGUGACACCCAUUCCUCCAUCUUUGAUGCUGGCGCCGGCAUCUCACUAAAUGAGCACUUUGUGAAACUGGUUUCCUGGUGAGUUUUCUGUUCAUGGACGGACACGACAGCAUUGACCUUAGGGUUAUACAUCUUUCAGGAGAGACUUGGGCAG